CGUGGUAUACCCGAGUAGGACGGCCAUCUUCCCUAAAACACAAACAACAAGAGCGUACUAGACAUCAACACGCAACGACCAUUGGAGAGGGAGAGAGAGAAAGAGAGAGCAAAAAACCGUAAAAACGGAACACGAUUCUCGAGGAGGAGCACAGAACACAAACAACUGCACAUGCAUCCAAAGUGAAGAUCGUAGAGUUCGACGGGGCGACUGGACAGUAAAAAAUCGCAUCGACAGCUCCAGAAAUACGGUAGAGGAGGGAGAGGGAUUGUCGGCGUGAGGAGAGGGUCACCAGCUGGGACCUGGUCCACACAGCAUUGCCAGUACAACAGGAAGAGUUAGGAAGACACACACAGAUAGAGAAAGAGAGAAGCUUAUUGUGGUCAUAACUGCUUCUGGCAGCUGUAUUAUCAACAAAUUAGUCUCUUUUUUUUGUUUGUUAGUCUUUUGUUCGUUCCCUAUAGUCAAUCGUCUUUAGACGUCAGUAUCAAAGCUCUGCAGUUUUUGCAGUCCCACAGGUAUUACUAAUUUUAGAGGGUUUUCGUUCAUUGUUUUGGUUCCCCAGUUGUUUUAUAUUUGUUUGUUUUCAUCGGCUGUGAACGAGAGCUCUUACCAUCUCUGACCUUUUGUAUUUCUGCUCUCCUGCACACACAUCCUGAAUAAGGCAGCUAUAACCCUCCUUUCUCUUAAGUUAGCUACUCUGAAACACACACACACACACCUUUCAGUCCUCUGACCCAGACCUGGUCCAGCCUAGCCUAGUCUUGCCUGCGCCACUCCCCUGGACAGGACUUUCACCUCCGAGAAGGAAGGAAGAAUAUGACUGCUGAAACACUUAACUUUGGCCCAGAAUGGCUUCGAGCACUUUCCAGUGGAGGCAGUGUGUCUUCCCCUCCUGCCUCUCCUGCUAUGCCAAAGUACAAGUUGGCCGAGUACCGUUACGGCCGAGAGGAGAUGCUAGCACUUUAUGUCAAAGACAACAAGGUCCCUGAAGAAAUGCAGGAUAAGGAGUUCGCUACUAUUCUGCAGGAUGAGCCUCAACAGCCACUGGCACUGUUGGCUCUCACUGAAGAGGAGCAGAGGAAUUUCUCCAUGUCUGUCAACAGUGUGGCUGUGCUGAGGCUUAUGGGUAAAGGGGGCGGAGCCGCUCCAGCUGGGGUGACUCGAGGUAGAGGCACUGUGCGAGGUGGUCGAGGUCGAGGAAGAGGAGAGGGCGGAUUCUACCAAAGAAGCGGUGAGGAAGUAGAGGGCGGGUUUGGUCGUAGCGUUCGAGAAAUCCAUCGCAGCCAGAGCUGGGAUGACAGAAGUGAGCGGCGCUUUGAGAAACCUCUGCGGAGGGACGGUGCGCGUUUGGGUUUUGAGGAAGCGGCUCCAGUUGGCAGGAAGGAGUUCAUGCGCUCUGAUAGCGACAACUGGCGCACACUGAGAGAGGAGCAGGAGGAGGAGGAAGCGGCGGAGGCUGGCGGCAGCUGGAGAAUCACUGGCUCACGAAGAGAAGACGGUGGUCCUCGCUCGGCUGGUUGGCGGGAACACACUGGUCCAGGUGAACCCCUUCGCCGCAGGAAGUUCGACUUCGACUUCCGGGAUGGAGGGAAUGAGGGAGGCAGAAGGAGAGCCGGCAGCGAUGGAGCAGAAGAUGAACGAGACGGUCUGCCAGAGUGGUGCACUGAUGAGGAAGAUGGAGAAAUGGGAACCUUUGAUUCUUCUGGAGCGUUUAUGUGUAUUAAGAAGGGUCCGAAAGACCCCAUCCAAGAAGAGGAGUUUGAGUUCCAGGGGUUGGAGGAUGAGGAAGAGGACUGUGCUAAUCUAGAGAAGAAUAACGGCAUCGGUGCUGUAAAAAACGAGAAAGAUGUCAUUGACUUCGCUCCAGUGUCUGAAACUGAAGUGAAAGCGGUUUCUCCUUCUCCUCCUCCUCCUUCUCUCCCUCCCUCUCUUCCUGCUCCUGUCCCUGAGGCUUUGCCCUCUGCUGCCCCCUCUGGUCUGGAGGAGCCUCAGCCUGUCCCCUCCAUUCCCAACAAAUUACCAAGUGAAGUGUUAUCAGAGGCCAUGUUAGAUUUGAGCCCCAGUGCCUCCUCCAGUCUGCCUUCAUCGCCUCCCUCUUCGUCCUCUGCUGCUACUGACCUCCCACUGCCGGGGGGUGAUAUUGAGGAUGACGAGGGCAUGAAGCACCUGCAACAGGAGGCAGAGAAGAUGGUGGCAGCGCUGCAGGAUACAUCUCUAGAGGAAGAGUGUUUCACCCAGACUCUUCAGGAGAGCAGAAACACAGCCUCUGCUCUUCCUCUCUCCCAUGACUCUGCCAUGAAAUGGUUUUACAAAGACCCGCAAGGAGAGAUUCAGGGUCCGUUCAGUACAGUGGAAAUGUGUGAGUGGUUUCAGGCGGGGUAUUUCGCCAUGAACCUGCUUGUUAAACGUGGCUGUGAUGAGGGAUUUCAGCCGCUGGGGGAAGUCAUUAAGAUGUGGGGGCGUGUGCCUUUUGCCCCUGGCCCCUCCCCUCCGCCCCUCCUGGUGAGGAAUCAAGCCCAUCUUCGCCCUCAACCACCCCGGGGGGCAAUCGGUAAUAUGGAUCAGGAGCGGCUGAAGAAGCAGCAGGAAUUAGCAGCUGCCUCGGCUCUUUACCAGCAGCAACAGCAGCUCUUUCAGCUCAUCAACAGGUGUGGAGAGCAGGGUAUGAUGCCUUCGUUAAACAGGUCGAUGUCAGUGCCAGAUACAGGGUCCAUGUGGGACAUGCAUACCUCAGCCUCACAGCCAGCAGGCGGUGAGGCCAGUCUAUGGGACUUAAUGAAUUCUUCAACUCAGGGUCCAAUUCUAGAACAGCUUCAGAAGCUACAUGAGAGAAGAGAAGCUGAACUCAGGGCCAAGCGUGAGGAAGAGGAAAGGAAACGGAGGGAUGAAAAAAGGCGAGAAGAGCAGAAAAGGAGAGAGGAGGAGGAGCUUUAUAGGCGCAAGCAGCAGCAGGAUUUGCUGAUGAAGUUGCUCCAGCAGGCUCCGCGUCAGGGUUCCUCGGGCUCCGGGUCGGGCUGGAGCGGAGGACCCAUCCCUGGGCUGGGAAAGCAGACCAAACCCCACAACCUCCUGGACAUCCAGCCGGAGGCGGAGAGAAUGCACAAACAGCAGCAUAGAGUCCAGCAACAGCAGAGGUGGAGUGAUUCCUCUUCGCUGUGGGGAGCGUCUGGGUCUUUGGAUGGAAAGGUGGGUGGUGGUGGAAGCCCCUCGGGAGGAGGGAUGGGCGUUUGGGACGAGGCCCUCAAGAACCAGAGCGCUCAUCGCAACAAUAUGGGGCUGAAGAACAGCCGCAGCAGUCCCUCACUGAGCGAGCAGUACAUGAUGAGGAGCCGUAAACGCACUGAGGAGGAGGAUCGGCUGUUUAAGCUCCUGCAGGGGAUGAAGUCUCAGGACGGCUUCACCACCUGGUGUGAACAGAUGCUGCAUGCGCUCAACACCUCCGCCAAUAACUCCACCUCUUCCCAGGAUGUGCCCACCAUUGUGGCGUACCUGAAGGAGGUGGAGUCUCCGUAUGAGGUGUUGAACUUUAUCUGCUCCUAUCUGGGCGACACUGUCGAAGCCAAAGAGUUCGCCAGACAGUUCCUGGAGCGCCGUGCCAAACAGAAAGCUAACCACCAGAGACAGCAGCAGCAGCUCUCCAAAGAGAUGGCUGGACUCAGCAUGAACAACUUCCCACUGCAGGAUACUGUACGAGGAAUGAACCCCAGCACUCUGCAGUCUAUGUUCCAGGCAGUGCAUUCUGGGAAGGGUGGUGCGGUCUAUGAUCAGGCAGCAAAGCUGAAGAAGAAACAGCCCAUGAUGCUGCACUCUGACCCAAGCAUCUUAGGGUACUCAUUCCAUGGUGGCCCUGAUCGGUAUGGUCUAAACGAGAUGGAGAUGGUCGAGGAUUACUGAAUCCACAGCAAUAGCUACACGAGGCCUUUAAACCCGCGGGUCCACCUAAUCAGACUCCGCAAGUCGAAUGUGCACUGCUUUGAGGGGGAGAGGGGAUUCGGGAUCAGCCAGGCGUGAGGUAUCAGUUCAGGGGUGGGCGGGGGGGGUGGGACUGCGCUGGGAAUAGAAGAAUGUAAUUCAACAGGGAAGGGAACAGGUGUGAAUUUAUUUUUGUGUGUCUGUACGUGUGUUUGGGGGACGGGGGGUGAUAAAGUUCUGGCACUUACAGCAUUAAGCACCUUACACUCAGACUAAUGCACUUUAUUAAGAUGUAAUUUGAAUAGUUUUUUUUUUCUUUUCCGAGAUGAUUGUAUAUUUAUGUGGUAUGGCUUCAGAAAUAUUACCACAUACAUAUACUGUGUGUGUGCGUGUGUGUGUGUGUGUGUUGAAUCAGAACUGGAGUUUGUGCUGGGAGGAAACGGUGGCGAUUGGGGGACCAUUGUGUGUUUCAGUUCAGACAUUAUCAGAAAAAAAAAAAUCCUCUCUUUAAAGACAAACACUGUUGUUUCAUUUUUUAUAUACAUAUAUAUAUAUAUAAAGUUUCUAUUAAAAAAUGUAAAGCUAUUAUAAAAAAAAAAACUUUGAUUAUAAAACUUGAAGAUUUGCACUCACAUAAAAUGCAAGUUAAAAAGAUAAAAAAAAUGUGUUAGAUAUAAUAGAGAAGAAUAUUUUUGUGAUUGUGUGCCUGUGUGUAUGCGUAUGAGUGUUUAAAACAUACCAGUCUGCACAACGUGUUUUUUUUAAAUCGCUUUAUUUAGACGUAUGAUCAAAAGAGGCCAUUUCGUCAUUCGGAGUGAAUUAUUAUUUUUUUUUUUAUGAACCGAAUGAAUGUGUGAACGUGAUCGCUUGUGUGCAGGAGGAACCGUGUGUAUUACUCCUCUUGUAAAUGUGCAGUAUGAGCGAAUUAAUGAGCGAAUGAAAGCGAGACAGAGAGAGGGGGGGCAACGGCACAACACAUCCUCUUUCACCAGCUCUUCAUUCCCCGACAAAGAAAGACCUCUAGAUUCAAACACAAAAGCUUUAGCCCAUUUUACGCCAACCAGCACUCUUAGUUUUCGUGGGGGGAUGCGAGGGACGUCCUCCGCUGCCUCAUUUUUGCCUCUGUGAGGUUUAAGAACACGUCAUUAGUUUUGUCAUCAUCGUUUCGUUUGUGUUGUUGUUGUUGUUGAGCUCAAUUCAAUCUUGUAUACUUUUAGGAAAUGGUUACUUGUGGUACGUACGUUGUGUAUGUGUGUGUGUUUUCUGUCCCCACAUGUGUGCCUAAGAACUAAAGGGCGAAUGAUUAGACUUCAUUGCUGCCAUUGAGACAUUAUUUUUUUAGCAAAGGGGCGUGGCUUCACUAGGCUCCGCCCCCACAUGCCUCCCAUGCUUUUUGAACCAAGAGCCUAUCUCUGUACAGUUCUGUUGUAGCCUGGGGAUGCUCGGAUGAAAAAAAUGUUUGAUAUUUGGAGGAUGUGACCUAACAUUGCCUUUCUGUCCACUCUCUUGUUCACGAGUGACUGAGGUUUUGACUAUUUCUGGCUAAAAAAAAAAAAAAAAAAACGACAACAAAAAAAAAAUGAUCGCAACAAACUGUGCAAGUGCACUCAGCGGUGCACACAAAAUGUUUGAAUAUUUUGUUACUUGUUCAUUGUUGUUGUCAAUGACAAUGAUUUAUUUUGUUUCGAUGUUAUAUAUGAUUAUAUAUGAAUAUAAACAAAGUAUUGGACUAUGAGGAAGAGCACUUGGGGCUGCUACUUUUUUUGUUCAUUUUGAAAAAUUUUCCUUUUUUUUUUAGUUGCCACCAUGUGAAGUGCAUUUGUGUACUUUUUUUCUUUCCUUCUUAGAAAAAAAACAAACAAACAAGUUGAAUGUAUUCCAAAUAUGUAACGGUGUAGAUGGAGUUGCUCAACACGGGAUAUUAAAGCGUAAUACGCAGGACGUCAAGAGGAGCGAAAUCGAAAGUCGUUUUUGUCGCGACGGUGGCUAACCGCAAAAACACACUGCCUCUACAAUCCUGUUCACACAGACUCUGACUAUGAAAAUGAGAACGAUAUUCUAUUCCAUACUGGAGUUUUGGUUGUUUACAAACCGCACAGACAUUUGUGGGUGCUUUUUUUUGUUUUCCUCUUCAUUUUUGUGGUGAUUGAAUACGCGAGAAUCGUUUUGUCGGAAGGCAUGACGUCAGACCCUUCCUUUUGCAUGUGGAUAUGAACGCAGCCUAUAUAACUCGCUGACUGAAACAAAAACAAACUUGGAUUGCUGGAACACAAGUACAUCAAAGAUUUCUUCAUGUACCUUUAAUCUUUAUGGACAGGGUGUGUUUUUUUUUGUUUUUUUAGAAUCAUAAAGGCGACCAUAUUUUGUUUACUGGACUUGUUUUUGUUUACUAAUCUCUCUUUGUAAUGAAAUCGAAAUGUACCUGGAAAGAAGGCAAAAAUCACACAGCACAGACGACCUCUUGGUACUUUGAGAUGCAUAUAUUGAAUGCUUUAACAUUUCCCCCCCCCCCAAUCAUCUUGUGGAUUCUUUUCGGAUGGACAUAUCCGUGAUCGAGAACAACGACAACAAGAACGUAUGUGUGACCUCAGAUCUGCCAGAUAAUUCCUUGGACAGUGUGUGAACGUGCUUCUAGUUUUUGUAUUUCUCAUCUGAGGGUGGACGGGGUGUCAUGGCCGCCGUCUUCAAGAAGAUGACAAAGGGACAAGCACUGCCCUGAUACCCUCCCUAUGCACUUUUCAUUUGCUCAAAACUGUGAGGAGCUUUCACUCGGGCUUGGAGAGCACGAGACGUCCUCUUUCUGCUUCGGGGGUUUUUGACGCCCCAGCGUGAGACUCGUUCUCCUUACGGUGGUUGUGUCUCAGGCUUUUUGAGGACGACACCACACAAGCUUUACCGUCGAAGGAUAAGGGAAGUUUCAGACGCAUUGGGACAGGAUUUUCACUGAACAAUGUUGAUAUUUAAGACUAUACGAACAGUAACUUGGUUACAACGUGGAGAUUCAGAACAUAUUUACUCGACAGUGUUCUCCGUUAUGUAAAAAGGAUUAAACUGCUUGGUCCAGGGUGCUAGCCAACGGUUUUUUUCUUUUUUUCUUUUUUUUUUGUGGACUGGAAUUAAAUAUUUCAUGGAUGACUGAAAAAGGCUUUUUUAAAGACUGGAGGACAGUUUUUGUUUUGUUUUUAGUGUGUGUAUUGGAGAUCAAUAACUAAUAAGCUCCAUCAGCUCUACCGCCUCCUGCUGACUGCGUGGCUGAAGUUCACCUUUGGCUUGAAGUGGUUACGGCACCGCAAGACCUUUAGUUUGAUCUUUGCUGUUCCAGAUCUUCAGAUGGAGAUAGAGGCUCUCCACUGCUUCGUCUUCGUCUCCGUCUCCGUCUCCUGUCCUUCGCCUUCAGAGGAAGAUCCCAAGGAUGGAGAUUCCCAACAGCACAUGUAAUCAUGACUGCAUGUCAAUGACGAAGACCCCAGGAGGAAGAGGAGGACUGAUGGACUCAUGGCACCAUAUUCGGACUACUAAGAGGAACAUGUUUCCUCUCUAUGAGGAGGGAGUGAACUGUGAAUGCUGGAACAGCUGAACUAUGAGAUCUCGAACCUGCACAGAUUGCAGCCAGAGUGAACUUUACAAACACGACACACACAUGAAUAACAACUGAAAUACACACACACACACGCAUUCAAAAAUGAAUUCUCAAUUACACACACUCGCUGACAUGGCUUAACAGUCGCACUACACUUCAAUCUGGCUGCCAUGUAAAUAGUGUAUAUAACCUUAACCCUUUUCCCAUUCUCUGUUGGGUUUUCAGAUUUGUUUGAAUUUUUUUUUUCUUUUAUGACAUGCCUUAACAGUUCAGUUCUGCCUAUUAAGGCACACUUAAGAUGCGUAAAACAAAAAAAGUGAGACUAGCUCUGUGACAUAAUAGCGUGUGAUUUUAUUUAAGGAACCCAUGAAACAUUGUUUAUGAACCUGUGAAAUGAUUUCUGUAACAUUUUCAAAUUAUCCCCGCAAAAAACGUGUAAUUGAUGACUUUUUUGGGUGUUUUUCUGACGUCGAAACCGUUUCGCAUUUUCAGUAUGAGAGGCGAAAACUGUUCCCAGGUCAGAAUUGUGUCGACUGAUGAACAUAAAAACGCCUUUUCAUCUUUGAUCUCGGAAGAGAAGUAAGAAAUACUAUUUGUACGGUAUUGCCCUCUUAAGAUGAUUAAUUGUGUACCUUUGCAGGUCAGAAUAAACUAGUGAUGCCUAAUGUCUUGACUGGCAUGCAAAAAUAGGUUUUAAAAUGUUAAUGAUGAUUUAAAAAAUACAUGUUUGUCAUAUCUAUUGAUUCAGUGUGUGAAAAGCAACCGUACUGUAUUGGCGCUGUCACAGAGCCGUGUGUUCUUCUUGAAGUGAUCAACCGAAUAACAGCGGCGAUGGCGGAGUCGAAAUCAGCAAUGCAUAACGAGAUCUGAAAAGUCUCUAGCUUGCCGUCACACACGACUGAGUUGGAUGUCUUGAAAUUUCCAGAGAUGCAACCAUUUAAAAAAAAAAAAAAGGUCAUAAGAAACCAUUUGGACAAUGUUUGAAUAUUCAUCAUGUGAAUAGUUUUUGGGGUUUCUUGGUUUGUUUGAAGAAAAUUAAUAAAUGCUUCAGAAUGAG